CGUUCCGUACCAAUUUUAGAUAUUAUAUAAAAAUACAUCUUUAUUUUAGCAGAAGUAAUUUUUGGGGCGGAACACUGUGUGAAUAUAUUGACAAGAAGUCGUUGCUGCGUGAGUGCUGGCACUCUAUUAACUUUUACUUUGAGAAAAUUAUCAUCUGAUAAAUGUUAAUCAUGGCUUCAAAGGCGAUGGUGUUUGCGGUCAUAUUUAUCACGUCAUACGUAACAGCGAAAGAUACAGGUAAACUACAGAAAAAAGAAUCUCACAACGAAGAAACAAAAUUAGCUAGCCUUCUCGAUGAUAUAAUAAGUGCAGAAGAAAAUUCUCACGCCACUGAGCCAAAAGAGUUGGAUCAAUGGCUAAAAGGGCGUUUUGGAAGGGAAGCUGAUCAAUGGUUAAAAGGACGAUUUGGAAGAGAAGCGGAGCAAUGGUUAAAGGGACGUUUCGGUAGGGAAAGUGAUCAAUGGCUGAAAGGGCGUUUUGGAAGAGAAAGUGAGCAGUGGCUCAAGGGGAGAUUUGGACGUGAAGCUGAACAGUGGUUAAAAGGACGCUUUGGACGUGAAGCUGAACAGUGGUUAAAAGGUCGCUUUGGACGUGAAGCAGAACAGUGGUUAAAAGGUCGCUUUGGUCGAGAAAAUGAGCAAUGGCUAAAAGGGAGAUUUGGUCGAGAAAAUGAGCAAUGGCUAAAAGGGAGAUUUGGUCGAGAGAAUGAUCAAUGGCUAAAAGGGAGAUUUGGUCGAGAGAAUGAGCAAUGGCUAAAAGGAAGAUUUGGCCGAGAGAAUGAGCAAUGGCUAAAAGGAAGAUUUGGCCGAGAGAAUGAACAAUGGCUUAAAGGUAGAUUUGGCCGAGAAAUAGAACAAUGGUUAAAAGGGCGAUUCGGAAGGGAAUCUGACGCAGAGAUCUUAAAAGGAUUUGGAAAUGAUGUAGCUAGCAGUCAAUGGUUGAAAGGUCGAUUUGGACGAGCCGAAAGCAAUGGACAGCACAGAAAUAUGAUAGGAAAUAAAAGAGAGACAUUACCUCUUCGACGGGGUCGCUAUGGCAAAGAAGUAGAAGAAUAUAAUAAAAAAGAAGUUGACCAAUGGCUCAAAGGAAGAUUUGGACGCGAAGCAGAACAAUGGCUAAAGGGAAGAUUUGGUCGUGAAAUGGAACAAUGGCUUAAAGGAAGAUUUGGACGAGAAGCAGAGCAAUGGCUUAAAGGCUGUUUCGGAAGAUCGACACAAACUGAAAGCGAAACGAAGAAGAGUGUGAGUAAAGACAACACGAAAGUAGAGACUGUUAAGAAAACUGUUAAAAAAAUAUGAAUAGCUUUUGUAGUCGAUAACAUUUUAACUCACAAUCACAACAGAAUUUGAUGAAACUUUUUGAUGAAAUUGUUAGGCAUUAGAAUACCCACGAAACCAUCUUCACCAAAUUAUACAAUUAAAUGAUACAAUGAUAUAAAAAAUUAUCAGUGCCCUAUAAGCAAUAUAGUAGAAUACAAAGUUUUUUUCUUCUUCUAAUGACGAUCGAGUUUUCACUCUCUCUCUCGCCGGGGUUCAUAUUGCAUGUUGUGUGAAUUUUAUUUUGUUGUUGUAAAUGUAUUGUAAUGGAGGUUAAGAAGAGCUAAGUAAAAACUUAUUUUUUCCAACAUUGCAAAAAACGCUAUGAGGUUACUGAAA